AUGACACCUCCUGACAUCCACACGCAUUGGGAUAUCUCGUUCGAAUGGACCGAACUUCAUCAGACAGCAGAGCAGCUGCGUCCAAUGACUUUUACGUAUGACAAGCUAGCGGACGAUUGUAUCGCAAAGCUCAACGAGCUCUCGCCUCCGGAGAAGUACCGUCCCAAAGCCGGCGAACCACCAACUAAAGCACCCAAACGUGACCUGCUUGCGCUAUUGGAGAAGCAUGCAAAGGAUGAUCCCAAGCUUAAAGAGCUGUUGACGGAAAUCAACACCGUCCCUGACUGGGUCGACUGGGAUCAGGUCAAAAGAGGGCAGGAAGUGUUCUUCCGCUACGGGAUGCCAAUAAUGAAUGUGCUCAGCUUUCAAAGCCUAUUAGGUGGAAUGGGUGCCAACCGUAUUGUUGAGACUCUGGCCCGGACUGGAGGAUUCUCUGCAGAUGUUGUUCGACGAAGACUAUUGGAGACUCUUCAGCACAUCCUCCAGGUGUCUCUUUCUGUAGACUCCAUGAAGCCCGGUGGCGCUGGUCAUCAGUCUUCGGUUAGAGUGAGGCUCCUGCACUCAUCCGUCCGGUCUCGGAUUCUCAGUCUUGUCAAAGAGAAGCCGGAAUAUUAUGAUAUCGAGAAAUUCGGUAUCCCGAUCAGCGAUCUCGAUUGCAUUGGGACAAUCAACACAUUCUCAACCAGUGUGGUUUGGAUGGGCCUCCCCCGACAGGGUAUCUACCCCACGGAGAACGAAAUCGAGGAUUACAUAGCUCUUUGGAGGCUGGUGGCAUAUUACAUGGGCACCCCAACCGACUUCCUCGCGGACAAACCUACCGCUAAGGCAUUUAUGGAGUCGAUUCUGGAAUUUGAGGUCGACCCCAAGCCCAUCGGGCAAGUUCUUGCUAAGAACAUUGUCAUCGGUCUUGAGAAUACUGCACCCACCUUUGCGUCGAAGGAGUUCAUGGAGGCUAUGGCCCGGCAUCUCAACGGCAACAAACUCUCAGAUCGCCUCGACAUCCCGAAGACAAGCCUUUACUACCAGACGCUCAUAUACGGCUACUGUUAUCUUGUCAUGGUAGUAGCAUACUCAAAUCGAGUCUUCCCGCUCUUCGACAAGGUGUGGAUUGCGGUUCGUCGAAAGAUGUAUUACUCGAUAAUAACAGACAAGGAGCACGGCCUUGGAGGGGAGACAAUCUUUGACUUCAAGUACGUCCCUUGGUUCACUCGGACGACGAAGCUAGGAACUCGCAAAAAUAGAAAGGUGUCCAAGCCCGGUAUUGAGACUCUCGCCCAGCUGGGCGUCCUUGCUGUAUGCACUUCAGCAGCAACGGCGCUCUAUGGUGCCAUGGCAGGCGCACGUAUACUUGGUCGGCAAAAGCUUUUGCGAGCGUGA